GCAGUAUCCUUUAACCUAAACUGAUUAUACAAGUAAUGAGUGUUUGAUCUCUAUGUGCCGGUAUAUAUGUAAUGUAAAUGCAUGUAGACAUUUUCAUAACAGAUGUAUAUUUUAUGUUCUUCGUGUAAUUGUAUAGCCCGUAUUGGCCUCUAUACAAGUGUACUUUAAUCACCCUUAAGCUAUAUUGCUAUGCCAAACUGCAAUAAUUAUAUUGAAUGUAUGAAUGGCUCUAUAGGACUGAUGAGGAUGACACCGAUUUACGCUGUGAUCCACGUGAGCUGCUCGGGAUGAGGAGGAGCGCUUGAUACGGAGGCUGCUUGGAGAGCUGUAUUGACACUGGACCAGUAAGGUGUGUGUGUGUACACAGUGUUGUAUUCCGAGCUGAAGUAUAAACCCAAACUCUCCUAGCUGUGUGGUCUCCCGACUUGUAUCCACGGACCCUCUCUUAGCUAUUGUGUAUAGCGCUGAUCCCUACUCUUUGCCGGACACUUAUCGGGGGUGUACUACUGAUCCUUGUUAUUUCGGAGAUAUUAGGCAAGCUCUACUUAUCCAGACUACACCGGAUUGCAAUAAACCCCGACCUAUCAUAAGUACCAUCCGGGACAAAAAUCCCGACUCUUUAUUCUCCAGAGAAUGGCGGACUCAGCUAGAGAUGAGUGUGACCGGCGAAACAUCGUGGUUUUGGCAGUGGACACAAGCGAGCAUUCGGAGUGGGCAUUUGACUGGUAUAGCGCCAACUUCCACAAGCCGGGGAACAAGGUGCUGCUCCUCCACUGUCCAGAAAACUACAUCAACGCCACGACCAUGAGUCCCGGUCGAGUGGUUGAACUACAGAGGGAGGUGGAAGGCAAGUCCUGCGACCUCAAGCAUAAGUUUAUCGAGAAGGCCAACAGAUUAGGGAUAGAAGCGGAGUUUAAGGUGGAGUCGGCCGAGAAACCCGGCCACGCCAUUGUGGAAGCGGCGACCAAGCAUGAAGCUGCCUUCAUCGUAACAGGGACCAGGGGGAUGGGUAAGAUCCGGAGGACCAUCCUAGGCAGCGUCAGCGACUUUGUUGUACAUCACGCGCCCUGCCCAGUCCUCGUCUGUCGUCACAAAGACAAGUAGAAGUCAUCAUAGACAUCCGGGAACCCCCUGUCAGGACUUGGAACAGAGUCAGAUGUUGACGCCAUAAAGUUGUGACACCUUCUGUUCUAUACAAACAUUGAUCAUAUACUAAUUCGAACCGGACGUCGUUUGUAAAACCAUGAUGGCCGCUCCAUCGUCAUUACUAGACAUUUGCUUUAUUCAGUGUGUCAAUUUAAUGGUAAUUUGCUAGAGAAAGAAUGCAUUUGGUAUAUUGAGAUACAACACUAUUCUCGUGCAGCAUUAUGCUAACUUAUGUAUCGGUUAUAGAGAUUGUAAGAACACAGAUUACCAUCAGGAAAUGCAAUAUGGCGUCAUAUAACCGUAUAAGGAUAUCAUUAUCAAGUGUGUGCGUAUGCAUGUAACGAGUGCGUAUGUUUCAAAAUCUUUAUGGUAUACUGUAUGCAACAGAUGUGUGAGGGAGGAAUCCGUGUGGUGUAAUGUCAAAUUGUCGUUGUGACGUAUGUAUUUUAUCGACCAAUCAGAACCGUUAUUGUGAUAUGUGGGUCAACGAAAAACACACGUGAAUGCUUAAUGGUAUAUUUGUUGUUAAUCUUGUUUCCACUUUCCAACCAGUGUUGUAUCGAUUCAUUAGCCAUCAUGGAAGUGACAAGAAAUAAUUGCCUUUUAAAUCGCGCGUGAAUGUAUGGACCAAGCAAAAAAAGUAUGCUUAUUAGAGAUGGUAAGAUGUUAAUGGUAGGCCGAUGUUUCACUUAUCAGGUGUCCAUGUUUUCUAGGUGGUAUUUGAUAUGUUGAAGCAAGUUUGAACAAAAAGCUCUGCUCGUUCAGUAAGUGUAUUUCUGUUCCAACUAAUACGUUUAUCUAGUGUACAUCGGUCUUCGUUUCGUUUUUUUCUGUCGAGUGAUAGGAUUCAUGUAUGUAUAUCGAUCUGUAAAUUAUGAUUACACGUUUACUAGUGUUCAAAAGUAGGAUAUAUAUAGAAUGGUUUCCCGCUGUCGAACAGUCUUAUCCUUUCAGCAUAUACUAUGAUACGUUUAGAACAAUAGUUCCAGAGGCUGAUAGUGAGAUAUUCCCAGUGUACAACAGUUUCCCCUUGCACCGAACAAUUGUAAUACUUUAUCUGAUAUAAGAUGGUUUACUGAGUGAUGAUUAUAUACUUCCGGUGUACAAUGAUUUGUUCUUCUGCAGCCCAAUCAAAAAAAGAAAGAAUACUUGUGGUAUUUGAGUAACGACAGGUCAUAUCCGGUAGCUAGUGGUUCCGACUGCAAGUGGUCAAUAAUGAAACAUAUUUAACCACAUAACUGUUAUGUGCUGAGUUAACAAUGGUCUUGGGUUCAACAGGUUAUCGCUAAGUGUCCAGUGGUUGGUAAUUUCUAGUUUGUAAUACAUUGGUUUCCUUCUUGUGUACAUUUGGAGGGAGGAUGCGUUGUCAGUGAACAGCAGCUUAGGACUUCCGGCAAUAAGAAAGCAUUUGCGAUGUAAAUUGAUUUCAUAUUUCCGCUGUGCAAUGGUGUGGUUCUCCCAAUGUUCAAAGAUAAGUCAUUUCCAGCUUUUGAAGUUGUUUAGCACGUAUGUUCAUGUCUUCUGUGUACCAUGUGCUAUCGAAUAAACUCCUUGUGUACAUGGA